AUGGAGGCUCUACUAUUGCUGAUCGCCCUGGCGAUGCCUAUUAUUUCGACUAAACAACAUGAGGGAAGAGCCCAUUCCCAUUUUAAGGAGCGUCGACAGCAGCCUAACUCACCUGUGGAAGGCUUGGGAGUGCUAGCAACCCUUGCCCCUGCUCCUGCAGUCACCACUACCCCAUCAAUUAAAGCCACGAUGUCCUCCUACGUCUUUCCCACGAUGGUGAUUCAAGAACCUAUUGCCACUGUGUGUCCUGACACGCCAGCUUCAUCGGCAAUCUUUUCUAUCCUUCCUAUAUCCUCGCUGGCAUCCACGGUCGGAUCCAAUACCACGCAAGGCUUGAUUACCAAUAGCUCAAUGUACUUGCCCAUCCGAGUGAAUGCCACAGCCCUGUUACCAAAUGGAAGCACAACAAUCUUCUUGUCUACCAGCACGACUCGUGUGCUACCGACGACCUCGUUGGCAAUCCCUGCAAUUGACUCCGGUGGAGCAGAAACAGCACGCAUAGUUUUGGACAAAAAUGGAUGCCAGACGGUAUAUAGUGCGAAGACCACAACAUGGUGCAGUACCACGGUGCAGCCAGCGGGCAUGCUGCCUGUUCCCAUCACUGACUGCAAUCAAUAUGUCACAUUCUCCAGCCAGAAUCUCGAUGGAUGCUCUACGACUUCGAGUUCCGGCUCGUUAAGUCUGUUCGCCCCGCCAGACAUGAAUGAACCUGUGGUAUUCUAUGCUGCGCAUUGGUAUGACCUUAUGAAAGGCCCUAUUCCCAAUAUCGUCGAAGUCCAAAAUUGUGCAUCAACCGGGUGGAACUGCAUUACUUCGAGUGAAAGUUGGGCCGUGGUGACUACUACGACUACCAGGACCGGGACUAGUGUUGCUUCGUUCGCAGGGCCCGCCGUGAUCACAUUUGGAACAUACACAGUCACGACCACGCUCUCCUUCGAAUCGACCGUGACCACAACCACAUUGAUUACUUCGUCUGCGAUUAGUCGACAUCGGCUUCGAGGCGGCACCAUAGCCACUGCAUCAGAGCAGACAGUGACUGUGCUAGUGACAGUUCCAACGACGAGGACAUUCUCUUUAGACUCGUUGACCAGAACUACAAUCACCAUACGACAGACUUCAACAGUCGAAGUAACAGAGACGAGGACUCGCACUUUAAGUAGUGGUUUGCCGAAUGCUACGGGACUACCAGUUUAG